AUGUUUCCUUUAAGACCCCAUCCUUAUGCACGGGAAAUACGCAUAUCAGUGAGGAUUCGUCCGAGAUUGUGUUUUUGCUGGUUGAAAUUUAAUUAUAAACCAGACCGUCUCCUCAUGGUCUACUAUGGGUGUUCGCUUUUGAACACUUCAAGACUAUGUAGGGAAUUUUUGGAAUAUUUUCUCAUAUACCGGCAUUUUAACUCUCAAAAGAACUUUUGGUUUUUUUUGGGAGUAAUGUCAGAAAAUAGUGGUGGGGCCUUUCAGGGACUGAAACGUGCAAUUGAAGGCCCAACUAUAUUUUUCCUCUCUUUUUUCACCAAAUUCUUUAUUGUGAGUUCACAUUACAGUGAUUGGGAACUAUCGGUAAAUACUACAGUGAUCACAAUGAUCGUAAAAGGUAACUGCAUCUCUGCUGCCUGUCUCUUUUCUUGCUGUAGUAGAAUCUAUAUAGAAGAUUCGGCCCUUUUCUGGGUAGGACCGUUAAUGGACGGUCACACACAUAAUAGCUUAGCAACAAUAAGGUGUCGGUCCAAUUCACAAAUCAUUACAUACAUUUUUGUCAAAAUUCUGGUUACCUUGCUGUACUUUUAUUUUCAUUUGAGGGUGGAAAAUUGA